AAAGAGGGAACCGCGUGUUUGUUUUAAAAGUGAAAAAAAAACAUUUGGUACGUCUUACGUCACCACGUUAACCCCGAAGCGGAAGUGAACACGUGGGGUUGAGGGACGGCACCACAUCGCAUGUUUGGAGGCCACGAGUCUGUUUCAGGUGUUUCACAGGUAAAUCAUCCACCUCUUCCUCCGUCUUCAUCAUGGCUGUGAGAGCCGCCUUUGAGAAAAACAAUGAGAUCGGCUGCUUCGCCAAACUGACCAACACGUACUGCCUGGUGGCCAUCGGCGGCUCCGAGAACUUCUACAGUGUGUUCGAAGGGGAGCUGUCAGAAACCAUCCCGGUGGUUCACGCUUCCAUAGCAGGCUGUCGCAUCAUCGGGAGGAUGUGCGUGGGAAAUCGUCACGGCCUCCUGGUUCCCAACAACACGACAGACCAGGAGCUGCAGCACAUCAGAAACUGCCUCCCAGACGCCGUGAGGAUCCAGAGAGUCGAGGAGAGGCUGUCCGCGCUUGGUAACGUCAUCGCCUGCAAUGACUACGUCGCGCUGGUCCAUCCCGACCUCGACAGGGAGACAGAGGAGAUCCUGGCGGACACGCUGAAGGUGGAGGUUUUCCGUCAGACGAUAGCGGAGCAGGUCCUCGUUGGCUCGUACUGCGCGUUCAGCAACCAGGGAGGCCUCGUCCACCCGAAGACGUCGAUAGAAGAUCAGGAUGAGCUGUCGUCGCUGCUGCAGGUGCCCCUGGUGGCGGGCACGGUGAACCGGGGCAGCGAGGUCAUCGCAGCGGGGAUGGUGGUCAAUGACUGGUGCGCGUUCUGUGGCCUGGACACGACCAGCACGGAGCUGUCGGUCAUCGAGAGCGUGUUCAGACUCGGCGACACGGCACAGCCCUCCACCAUCGCCACCAGCAUGAGGGACUCGCUGAUCGACAGCAUGGCGUAGACCCGCCUCCCGUUUUCCUGCCAUCGAGGAGCUCUGCUGCCUGAAGCUCUGCCGCCGGACUUCAUUUCUCCACCUCAAACUUCUCCUUCCACACAACACGACUCCCUUUCACCACAGCCUCCUUCUGUUUCUCCUUUCGUACUUCCAACACCUUCUUCCCGGGUAGAGUAAAACAUCCUGGCAGCUGAAACGGUUUCACCCACCUCACAGGAACGCGGACGGGCGGAGAGAGAAAUAAUGCAGAAAUAUUAACCCUGUGGUUACACAGUGACGAUGUGCAUCUGUACUGGAUGUGAUUAUUGACCCUGAUGCUUCAGGUACAGAACGGCUCGAUUAGUCUCUUAAAGUCAGUCAGAACAAAUUUGUAUGACGUGUUUCUGUGUACGGCUCACUUACUUACUCUGAAGUUAUUUGAUACUGACAGUAACGAUGAGAACCCAGUGUAAUUAACAAACACAGGAAACGCUCCUGCAGGGAUGGAUGUUCUUCCUCAGACUGCGUGACGAGACAAACUAGACACGGAGGAAGUUUCUUAAAAAUGUCUUGUGUGUCUUGUAUAAAAAAAUAAAGCCUGUCAUCUUUUUA